CAGAUAUAUUUAUAUUUAUCGCUUCCUCCUUGCUUCUUUUCGUGUGAACAGCAAAUCCGUUGCUUCUACACUCAUCAUCAUCUUGCCAAUCAUGAAGUUCGUAUCUUCUCAGUGCUCUUUCGACUAUCCGUGGAACUACGUUUCCGCAUCGGCCUGGAAGAAGUAUCCCAAUGAGAUGUCGUCUCACGUCGUCGCCGUCGACGUCCUUCGCCGCGAAGUGAACCCGGAGACUGGCAUCCUCACCACCGAGCGUCUCAUCACUUGCCGUCAACCUAUCCCGAGAUGGCUUCUUGCAAUUGUCGGUGGUCGCGAUACUUCGUACGUUCGUGAGGUUUCGGAGGUUGACCCCGUCAAGAAGACCCUUACUCUCCGCUCCUGCAACCUCACAAUGAACCACCUCCUUUCCGUCAACGAAAUUUGCACAUACUCUCCCGAUACCUCCGAUUUCUCCAAGACCGUCUUCAACCAGGUUGCCCGCAUUGAGGCUUAUGCCACUUUCCAGCGUCUUUGCAACAAGAUUGAGGAUUGGUCGGUCGAGCGCUUCAGACAGAACGCCGCCAUCGGCAAACUUGGAUUCGAAAGCGUGCUUCAAAAGCUUGCCAACACCGUUCCCGAGGGGAUGUUUAAGGAAGUCAGCACCGCUUAAUGUUCUUCUGUUCUUAUCACGACUCCCUCGACAUUCCCAACUCCCUCUCCUCUAUUUCUUUUUUCUUUCUCCUUUCUUUUACGGCGCAUUCAUGGGUUUAAAAAUGUUUCGGUUCUGUUUUAUGUGUACGAUAUUCAGCAUUUGCAUUGGGUUCAAAAUUUAGACACUUCACAGAAGCAAAAGCUCAUGAUUAUGUUUCUCUUCAAAGUUAUUCAGAUCAUUUCUCCUGCAUAGACCUUACUAUCUCCAUCUAUAGAUGUUGUCAAGUCGGCGCUCGGGCGCCGGUUUUGUUUUUGCUGUUUGAAUCUCCCUCUCAAUCUAUUAAUAUCAAUAACA